AUGAGAGUGAAUAUUUUAAAAUACGUUCUUUUUUCAAUUGUUAUUUGUUCUUUUGAAUAUUCCAAAAUUGAAAUAUGGGAUGAAAGGAAUAUAAUAAAAUUUAGAAGCAAUAGAAUAUUAGGAGAUGUAGAAAAGGAGUUCGAUUUAAAUGAUUUUUAUGAAUCAACUUUUAGUCUUACAAAACAACUUAAUGAGUACAAUGAUGAUAACGAAGAAAUUAUACAUAUUCGAAAUGCUAUAAAUUCAUAUAUAAAGAAUCAUAAAGACAAGAGUACAUUACCCGAUUUAAAUAAGUUAGAUAAAAGAACUAAAAAGUUAAUUUAUAAAAUUCGAGAAGAAUUAAAAGAAGUAAAAAAAGAGAUUGAUAAUAUGGGGGAUAGUGGAAUAACAACAAAAGUGAUAGAAAAUAAAAGAAUAAGAAAAAAAGAUGAAAAUAAUUAUGUAUCAGAAGGUGAAGACUAUAACCAAUUGAAAAACGAAGUAAAUUUCUUGGAGAGAGAAUAUAGACAGCCCAAUUUAAGUAGUGUUAAUACUUAUAAAAAUAAACGAAAGAUAAACGAAUUGUACGAAGGAUUAAAAUUGAGGUCAAUAUUGUUGGUUUUUCUUUCUUUGGUGAUAAUAAUAUCAGGAACCGUUCCUAUCGCAUUUACUGUUUUAUGUUCCGUGGUUUCAUUUGAAACAUUUAUUAGGUCUUGUCAAUACAUUAAAUUAAUCAUGAAAGUAUAUAAAAAACCCAAAAAAUCAAGGGUUCAGGGUUUAGGUUUAGGGUUUAGGGUUCAGGGUUCAGGGUUUAGGGUUUAG